CGCCUGCCGUCGCCCACCGCGACCGCCUGCCGCCGCCGCCACCACCGCCAUCCCGGCGCUUCCCACCUUCGGCCUUUUCCACGAUGCUCCGUCUCCGGCCGUCUGCCCUGACUCCCAGGCAGCCAUAGUCCGAGCUCAUCUACCAUGAUUCCCUGACAUCGACCCCCGAGCCUCUUUCCCGUCAAUUCCAGGGCUAGGCCAUUCGCCGCCUUCCACAAUCCAUAUCUUCAUUGGCACCCUUUCACUUCCGUCAUGCCAAUGCCCGACCAUCCUUCUCCGUGUGGCCGCCACCCCCAAAUCCUCUUGGGUAAAACAUGUUUAGUGGGCGAGUUGAAAAAUUCCACUACCGCAAAAUCCAAGAAUAGCAAAGGGGUUCACUUGGAGGUUUCUUUUGAAGCAGUUGACCCUCCAGCCAUCUCACUGUGCCUAGUCAGCUGCGUUGAUCAGACCGGGGAUCGCUUGGCAGCACAGCCUCGUAUACUUGGUGUAACUGGAGGCUUUGUACUGCUGGCUAUCACCUUCUCGGACAGUGUCAACUGUUACUUGCGGUUCAUCGACUAUUUUGUUUACAAAGCAGGGCCCGAUUUCGCCUCUCUUCAUCUUAUUGCAAGGCCAUAGCCGUCUUCUUUUUCGCCAAACAUGGCUGCCAUCUUGCCUGUUAGUGAUAACAGUGAAGACUUUGCUGUCAUUUUCCCACAUGUUGAAUAUUUCAGACUUGAGUCUCGCAAACAUUACACACUCCACAUAUAUCGAUCCGACACGAAUGAUUGGCACUCUCAGGUCGCUUGUAUCGCUGAGGAUAAUGAGACAAGGAAUGCUAGGGGUAAGCUAUUGCUUCAUAAUGCCAUGAGCGUGGCAUAUGCAGAAAAGGGUAUCAUAGGUUGGAUUGAUCUCUGGUGGGGAAUUCUCUUAUGCAAUGUUUUGGAUAAAAAGCCUACCAUCCGUUUUGUUUCGUUGCCAGUUCCAGAACCGUGUGAUACGUCUGAGUUCCAUUUGAUGUUCGAGAAUCUCACUCCAAGACCACACCGUCAUGUGACGAUGUUCAAUGAUUUGAUCAAGUGUGUUGAGUUAGAUUUUCAUGUGCAAAGUGCUUUCUGCAACAUGAAGCGAGCAAAGGAUUAUGGCUGGAUGGCUAAAACAUGGACUAGAUCAAUUUAUUCAGAUGUUUGGUGUGAUGGCUUGACGAUUGAUACGUCUGAGAUAUCUUUCACCGACUCAAGUUUGCCGAAUUUGUUGCCUUUGAUGUUUGAUGAGGAAAACAAUUUGACUUGGAAGAAAUUGACUAGUGCUGGUCCUACAUUAAGCUUGUUUGAUGACAAUGUUAUUUACAUUAUGGCGAAGGAGAGCAUGUGCCAUCCGACAGCAUAUGUACUUACUGUGGACACCAAAAGUUUGAAGCUCGAGUUUGGUGCGCAGUGUGCUCCUCAAAUGACGGCGUGGUUUGAACCAACAUAUGAACCGUGUGUUCUUUUUAGCUCUUUUGGCACGACUUCAGAGUUGGUUAAAGAAUUUGAAACCAAAGGGACAAUAUUUGAAAUCAAGGAAGGGCCGGUGCUCUCGGUGCUGUCGAAGCGUCUCCGUGUGCUGCGGAAGAAGCAGAAUCGCAUCGCGCAGAUGGAGGAGUCCGUCGCUGCCGGCAAGAUGCUUAACCAGGAGCAGAAGGAGCUCAUGCACUCCAAGCCCGUCAUCGCCGCGCUCAUUGACGAGCUUGAGCGCCUCCGCGUACCACUCUCCACCGCUCUCACCAAGGAGCUCUCCACUGUCCCUGCACCUGCUGCCGGUUCCUCAUCCUUUGGCUCCGAUUUGUCCAUCCAGGACCUCCUUGCGCUCAUCUACUUCGGCUCCCUUUUUUAUGUCAAGUCACCGAACGAGUUCAUCGCCACCAUGGUUGCGCGCAAGCACGAACGGAGCAGCUGCAUCACCCACGGCUACGUAUGGGAUGAUACCGUGGACCUGCUCGUGGAGAACGACCUUGACGCAGUGUCUGCUGUGGCGGCCCUUGCCGCGGCUCGCCCUUCUUCCGCAGAUCGUGUCUCCCACCACGACGCACUCCAGGCCUGUGCCCAUCAUGCCCGCCUAUGGCUAACCCGUGCUGAUGCGCCGAUCCACCCUGGCUCUGUUACAUAUGCUGCGGUGAGGUCCAAGUUAGACAGGAUCAUGGCAUCAGACUACUACACAGCACCUGCAGUUGCUGGGAACCAUGGAGCUGAAGGUCUGCAGGCACAGAUGAGCAUGACCGACUCACCAGAGGCACCAUCACUCAAGGAGAUCCUAGCUGCUGAAAAUCACAAGGAGGACGAGGAAGAUUCCUCGCAUGCCACAGAAAUCGACAAUGAUCAUCAGUCUAAUGCAGCCGAUUUGCAAAAUGUGGAUGGUAAAACCCUGGUGAACCCUCAUGUGGAAUAUCGCGUGGCUGAGGCAGAGCAGGAGAAAUUUGAUGUGAAAGAACAAGAUCAGAUGUAUGCCGAGCCAAAAAAGCGACAGUUUCAGCACCCUCGGCAAUCUUAUCAGAACCAGCGAGGUGGUGAUCGUGGCAGGAGGGGGGCCUACCCUAAUGGCCGCAGCGGGCAUGGAGGCGGCCGUGGCAUGGGCAGCAGAUACGAGAAUGGGUGUGGAGGUGGUGGUGGUGGCGGCCGUGGCAUGGGCAGUGUUUACGAGAAUGGGCGUGGAGGUGGUGGUGGUGGAUACCAAGGAGGCGGUGGUGGUGGCUGUGGCAUGCGCAGCGGAUACGAAAAUGGGUGUGGAGGUGGUGGUGGAUACCAGAAUGACCGGGGUUGUGGUGGCGGAUACCAGAAUGGCCGGGAUGGUGGUGGCAGCAGCGGGUACCAGAACAGCCGGGGUGGUGGUGGUGGCAGAUAA